CCGGAUGCUGGUGGCUGUCCAGUGUCAGAUGCAGUUUGAACUGCUAACAGGAGCAAGUAAACUGUCCCAAUCUUGAGCGAGAAGAUGCUGCGUUGGCUGCUUGGAGCGGCGCUGUUGUCUCGAGCGGCGGGCUUCUACCUGCCGGGUCUGGCACCGGUGAGCUUCUGUGAGCCUGGAAAAGACCAAGUUCCAGACUGCAAGUCGACCAUUGAGCUGUUUGUGAACAGGUUGGAUUCAGUGGAGUCCGUUCUGCCUUAUGAAUAUACUGCGUUUGACCUUUGCUCAGAGAACACAUUGAAACGGCCAUCGGAGAAUCUGGGCCAGGUUCUUUUUGGGGAGAGGAUCGAACCCUCACCCUACAAGUUUGAGUUUAGGAAAGAUGUGACGUGUCAGAAGGUCUGCACCAGAACCUACGACACCAACAACCAAUCAGACAAAGUCAAACUGGACUUCCUCAAGAAAGGCAUGUUACUCAACUACCAGCAUCACUGGAUUGUGGAUAACAUGCCAGUCACUUGGUGCUACGAUGUUGAAGAUGGACAGAAGUUCUGUAAUCCUGGUUUCCCGAUUGGCUGUUUUGUCACAGAAGCCGGUCGACCCAAAGAUGCCUGCAUGGUCAACUCUAACUUUAAUGAAAAGGAUGCUUUUUACAUCUUUAACCACGUGGACAUCACAAUCCAUUACCACAUCGUUGAGCAUGAACAACUGGGAGCUCGAUUGGUUGCGGCCAAGAUUGAACCCAAAAGCUAUGAACACCCGAAUAAAGAUAGCCCCGUUUGUUCUGGCGGGCCGAAGUUCUUGAAAAGCAAACACACGGGAGUGUUUGAGAUCCCGUACACCUACUCUAUCACCUUUGUGGAAGACAAGAAUAUACGUUGGGCGUCGAGAUGGGACUACAUCCUGGAGUCGAUGCCUCACACCAACAUCCAGUGGUUCAGCAUAAUGAACUCAUUGGUGAUCGUGCUCUUCCUGUCUGGAAUGGUAGCCAUGAUCAUGCUGAGGACUCUGCAUAAAGAUAUCGCCAGAUACAAUCAGAUGGACUCUGUGGAGGACGCUCAGGAGGAGUUUGGGUGGAAACUGGUCCACGGAGAUGUUUUCCGACCUCCCAGGAAGGGAAUGCUGCUGUCUGUGUUCCUCGGCUCCGGAACCCAGAUCUUCAUCAUGACCUUCGUCACCCUUUUCUUCGCCUGUCUCGGGUUCCUCUCUCCUGCCAACCGCGGGGCUCUGAUGACAUGUGCGGUUGUUCUCUGGGUUCUUCUGGGAACUCCUGCUGGAUAUGUGGCUGCUCGCCUCUACAGAUCUUUUGGAGGAGCGAAGUGGAAGACCAACGUUCUGCUGACGGCCUUCCUCUGUCCUGGGGUGGUAUUUGCAGAUUUCUUUGUGAUGAACUUGAUCCUGUGGGGGGAAGGGUCUUCAGCAGCCAUGCCAUUCGGGACCCUGGUAGCCAUAUUGGCUCUUUGGUUCUGUAUCUCAGUGCCUCUUACCUUUAUAGGAGCAUACUUUGGCUUCAAGAAGACCGGUAUCGAGCACCCGGUGCGGACCAAUCAGAUUCCUCGUCAAGUUCCAGAGCAGUCAUUCUACACCAAGCCUUUCCCUGGGAUCAUCAUGGGAGGAAUUCUGCCUUUUGGAUGCAUAUUUAUUCAGCUGUUCUUCAUAUUAAACUCCAUCUGGUCCCAUCAGAUGUACUACAUGUUUGGCUUCCUUUUCCUCGUCUUCAUCAUCCUGGUCAUCACCUGCUCUGAGGCCACCAUCCUGCUCUGCUACUUCCACUUAUGUGCUGAGGACUACCACUGGCAGUGGCGUUCCUUCCUGACCAGCGGCUUCACUGCCGUCUAUUUCCUGGUCUACGCCAUUCAUUACUUUUUCUCGAAGCUGCAAAUCACCGGACUGGCCAGCACCAUCCUGUACUUCGGAUACACCAUCAUUAUGGCGCUCAUCUUUUUCUUAUUCACGGGUGCCAUCGGCUUCUUUGCCUGCUUCUGGUUCGUCACCAAGAUCUACAGCGUGGUCAAAGUGGACUGAAGGAUCCAAAACCCAACAGACUGGAAAUCCCUUUUUCUCCCAUGAGCCUCUGGAAUGUCCAGCGCUGUCCAUCUGAACUGAACUUUACAAUGUGAACCUCCUCCACCUCCUCAUUUCUUAAAGCAGGGAGGGCUGAGGUGAUCUUCCUCCGGGAGCCUAAGAGUAUUUAUCUGCAUAUAAUCGGAACAUUAAAAGGCCACACCCCUAAGGGGCGUCUGGCGUCGUCCUGUUACCCAGCAACCACUUGUUGUUGUCAAUCAUGCAAACUGAGGAGCCGUCGCAUCGGCGGGACGCAUUAGGUCAAAAGGUCUCUGGAACCUCGACGCUUCCUGUUCUAUCGUCUUUAACUUUUUUCACAAUUGGUUACAAGCAUUUCUCUGUACUGAGCUCACUAUUAUUCUUUUUACUUCUCACGCAGUUCUCUGCAUGGCUUUAUUUUCUGGAACUUCAGUCGCUCUCGUGUUGCAGUUAAAGACACAUGUGUUCCCUACAUAUGCAUGCCCAGGAUCGAGAUGUCUAUAGCUACAUACAUACAUAUACAUAUAUAUAUAUAUGUCCUAGUAUUUGGUUAAGAUCACACCGUAUGUCCGCUCUGACCCCUGACCUCAGCGGGCACACGUCUUUCAUCACUCCGGAUUGAAAUAAAUCUUUGUUUAAAAAAAAAAAAAGUGAAUCUAGCUAAUUGCAGUCUACUUUAUGUUUGGCUUUAAACCUACAUUCAACGGUAAUAGUUUAAAAUCUAUUAAAACCGGUAUGUGAGCAUGCAGAAAGGCUUUGGAGGAUGAGCUCAACCAAUUUGAGAUAUUUUGAAAUAUGUGGCUUGUUUUUUUUAUUUUAUGCAUUUUGUGUUACAGUAAGGAAAAGUUACCGACUGAUGUUUUGUUCAAUGAAGAGCAUUGUGGGGGGGGAUGCAAACCGAACGGAUGUAUAUUCUGAGCCAUUAGUGAAGUUCAAGAGACGAGAGAUUGAACAGGCGGACAUUUCAACCCGGCGUCACACAGCACGUCAUUGCUUGGAGUCGGGAAUAAAUACAUCUCUUCACUUGGU